AUUGUUCUCGUGUUCGUCGCAGUACAUUUUUUGUAUAAUUUUUUAAAUCUACGCGUUGUUUUAACAAACUCCAAAUCAAUAUGUUCAAAUUUGUGAUUUUAUUCGCCUGCAUUGCCGCCGUUGCUGUCGCUGCACCUGCCACUGAACGUGACGAAGUUCGUGAAGUCGUUGCCAUUUUGAAAUCCGAAAUCAACAAAAACGAUGAUGGUUCCUAUCAAUUGUCUUAUGAAGGUGGUGAUGGCACUACUCGUGAUGAGAAAGCCGUCGUCAUGAAUGCUGGCACUGAAGAUGAAGCUUUGGAAGUUAAGGGUUCCUACAAAUACAUCGAUGCCGAUGGCCAAGAAGUUGAAGUAUUCUACACCGCCGGUGUUAAUGGUUUCGUGCCCUACGGUAAGACUAUCAAUGAAGAAAUCUCUGCUGUAGCUGAAGCUGCCAAGGAUUUGCCCAAAGAAGAAACUUUCGCCAAAGUAGAAAAGAAACAAAAGUAAUUUCGCCCUGAAAUCCUCAACCGGACAAAAAAGACGACACCAUAUUAAUUUGAAUUCUUAACGAGUGAAGAGUUAAUUUGGGGUUUAAUAUACAAUUAAUUAUUUUUUUAUUUCUUUGUUAAGUCGCAUGUUUAAGUUUAAGAUAGAAAGAUAUGUUAAGAUGAGUUAGAGAGAUAAACUUUAAUUAACAAUAGCUAUAACAAUUUAAGCCUAGUCUGUGUCUAAAUGUUUAAGAAUGUAAAAAGAAAAAAAUUAUUUAAGUUUGUAUAAGCCAGCGUGUAGAUCUAAAAAUGUAUAAAAUAAAUUUUGAAAAAAAGACAA